UCGCUCCCCGGGCAGAUGCCUUCGUGCGCACCACACUCACCAGCGAGCCAAGAUGACGGAUGCGGGACACAAGAGGGGACACAGACCUCGCCCAGACCCGCCGUAACACCGCGACAGCGCCCCGCUCUGCGCAUGCGCGGCAGCGGCACCCGGCAAGAUGGAGGAGGAGUGAGUGCGGGGGGUUGGCCCAAGCGGCGGAUCCCGCUGGUGCCGGAGAACUUGCUGAAGAAGAGGAAGGCCUACCAGGCCAUCAAGGCCACUCAAGCCAAGCAGGCGCUUCUCCAAAAGCGGAAGCUCCAGAGGGGGAAACAAAUUCAGUUCAAACGCCUCGAGGCUUUUGUUCGAGAUUCAUGGCGGAAGCACCGAGAUGUCACCCGGCUGAGGCGCAUGGAGCAGAGACCUGGGCAGGCAGCUCCACCUCAGGAGCAGAAACUAGCCUUUGCUGUGCGGAUUGCAGACAUUAAGGGAGUGAGUAAGAGGGUCAGAAGAGUGAUUGAGUUGCUGCGGCUGAAGAAAAAUUACACUGGAGUAUUUGUUAAACUGACUCCAUUGUCGCUGAAGAUGCUGCAGGUUGUGGAACCUUACGUGGCAUGGGGACACCCUAACCUGAAAUCUGUACGAGAGCUCAUCCUGAAACGGGGCCAAACCAGGAUUAAGAGAAAGAAGAUACCUCUGACAGACAAUAAAAUGAUAGAGGAACAUUUAGGGGCCUGUGGUAUUAUUUGCCUGGAAGAUCUCAUUCAUGAAAUCUACUCAGCUGGGAAGAACUUCAGGAGAGUCUCAAACUUUCUAUGUCCAUUCCACCUGUCAGUGGCUCGCCAUGCUUCACGUAAUAAAGUGGGUUUCCUCAAGGAAAUGGGCAAGCCUGGCUUCAGAGGUGAUGCCAUCAACCAGAUCAUCCGGCAGCUGAACUAGUCAUGUGAGAAACACCUUCCUAUAACUUCUAAACCCUAUCCUUUACCUGGUUUCCUAAGAGUAGCUGUACUGCCAUCUGACAUGAGGGGAGCUCCUUUGCUUUUGAUUCUUUACAGAAUAUCCUCAAGAUAGGGAAAGCUAACAAAGGGUCUUGCUCCAAUCAGGGGUCAGCAAAUCCUACUGGACACCUGCAUAAAGACCUGACUGCUGGGAGAUUGCAGUAAUGUGACUACUUUCUUUGCUGUUCUGCAGAGUCUUCGUGAAAACUUCAGGAUUUACAGCCUGUACCUUUUCAGUUGCAUUUUCCAUGGACAUAAUCGCUGUGCAAGGAUAUAUUAGAUUUUGGUGCCUUUAUUAAAAACAAAAACACAGAUGAUGAUGAUGAUGAUGGAGAGAGACUUGGAGCCGGUCCUUUUUAAGUAAGAGAAAUUGCAUUUGGUACAAGAAAGAACUUGAACUUCCUGGAGUAUCUGACUUAUGUAUCUCUGAAAACCAAUGUUUUUUUCUUUUAUACUCAUUACUGUUGACUCUGUGGCAGUCAGCUCCUCAUCUUGCAUUUGCUGUAAAGCAGUAGUGGUCAGUUCCUGAUUUAAAUUUGUCACAGUUGACACACACUCACUGAUUCGAUCCAGUCCUCCUGUGGAGUGAUUGAAGUUGCACACCUCCAUUUAGGUGUAAAAGGGUGUGCAGUCACCUGUUCAAGGCCGUUGUUGAGAGUCAGAAGGCACUAGGUAUUCCUCUCCUAGUGCAAGCCCAAUAGUGAAAAAUGUAGUUUUAAGUACCUAGAUUGUAUUUAUUUUAGAAGCCUUGAUUUUUGCUACUGAUCUACAAAACAGCAGCCUGAAGAUAAGUAUUUCUUGGUAGGAAAUCCCAGAAACUCUAAUAAAUGUUGGAAUCUAUGUAAUCAGUGUUUUUAAAAUAAAUGGUUUUGAUAAUUCUGUUGUAA